AUGAGCAAUGCUAAAGCUAUUGGCAGACCAAUGAGUCCUUCAACGAGCCUCGCCAAAGACGAACAGGGAACCCCUGUUGAUGAAAACAAGUAUCGUGAAAUGAUUGGCUCACUUCUCUAUCUAACUGCUAGUCGACCGGAUAUUAUGUUUAGUGUCUGUAAAUAUGCCAGGUUUCAGUCAGCUCCUAAAGAAUCACAUCUGACUGCAGUAAAAAGAAUUAUUCGAUCUCAUUGGGACUGUCUCUCAUGGACUAUGGUGAUAAGGAAGACAGAAAAAAGCACAAGUGGAGCAUGUCAAUUACUUGGUAAAGCAUUGAUUUCCUGGAACAGUAAAAAACAAGCAUCAGUUGCACUAUCUACUACUAAAGCUGAAUACAUCGCUAUUGGACAAUGA